AUGUACUUGGUUCAGGAUGAUAUUAUAUUUGCAAAAGAUAAGUAUGACCCUGCCGUAGCACAAAAACCAGGCAAUAAUUACGAAGAAGUUUUGGUAAAAACCGAAGAUGGAUAUACACAUCAAUGUUGGUAUGUAAAGGCACCAGACCACGAGAAAAAACCCAUACUUUUAUACUUCCUUGGGAAUGGAGGAUACCUAGAAUUGUACGUUGACCUUUUCGAUCGCAUCGUCGAUAAAGUGGAUGUAAACAUUUUCUCCUGCACAAACAGGGGCUGCGGAACAAAUGACGAAGAGCCAUCAGAGGAAUAUUUUUAUAAAGACGCAAAUGUUUACUUAAACUAUUUAAAACAAGACAAAUCAAGAAAAAUAAUUGUAUUCGGCAGUUCCAUGGGCGCAGCAGUGGCUAUCGAAGCGGCAUUGAAAAAUCAGAAAGACAUAUACGGAUUGAUCGUUCAGAACACAUUUUUAAGCAUGAAAAAAAUGGCACGUGAAAAAAAGCCGUUCUUGUAUUUUUUUCUUGUAUGUUAUGACUUCCUUAUUAGAACGAAAAUGGACAACGAAAAAAAAAUAAAGAAAAUUCGUUCUCCAGUCUUGUUUACUAUUUCUGCCAAGGACGAAACUAUUUCACCUAGGCACACGCAAACAUUGUACGAGACAUGCCCAAGUAAGCAUAAGUAUUUAUUUAUUUCAAAAGACGGAACGCAUAAUAACAUUAUUAUAAGUGAUCAUGGAGAAUAUUUCAAUUCAUUGAAGGAGUUUAUCGAAACAGCUAUUUUUAUUAAGGAUAAUAAAGAGGAAUAUGAAAAAAAAAAAAAAAGAAAAGAUAUUAAUAUUGUUAAUGGUGGUGGUGCUGUUGAGAACUUAUCUGUGCAAGAUGUUUAG